AGGCUGGUGGACCUGAUUCUGAGAUGCAGAGACUGUAAUGUGUCUCUGGAGACAAUAACAGCAGGACGGAGGGGGGAUUCCACCAGAUUUUGGAGAAGAAUGGGGUUAGGAACAGGGAAUGAAAGAUACACGUUGGCUUCAACCUCUGAGAAUGAGAAUAAAAAGAAGAAAAAAGGAAAGAGAGAUCAAAAAGACCUAGAAGAACUGAAGAAAGAAGUGGACCUGGAUGAUCAUAAGCUGACGCCAGAAGAGCUUCAGCGUAAAUAUGGCACUGAUCUUAUUAGGGGUUUGUCCUAUUACCGUGCCAAGGAGAUUCUUGAACGUGAUGGGCCCAACGCUCUGACCCCCCCUCCAACAACCCCAGAAUGGGUUAAGUUCUGCAAACAGCUCUUUGGGGGAUUCUGCACUCUACUGUGGAUUGGCGCUUUCCUUUGUUUUCUGGCUUACACAAUACAGGUUACUACAGAGAGUGAGCCUGUAAAUGACAAUCUGUACCUAGGUAUUGUACUUGCGGCUGUAGUGAUGAUCACAGGAUGUUUCUCAUACUAUCAAGAAGCUAAGAGUUCAAAGAUCAUGGAAUCCUUCAAGAAACUUGUUCCACAGCAAGCCCUGGUUAUUCGAGAUGGUGAGAAGAAGAGCAUUAAUGCUGAAGAUGUGGUGGUUGGUGACCUUGUGGAAGUUAAGGGUGGUGACCGAAUCCCUGCUGAUCUGCGGAUUAUUGCCGCACAGGGAUGCAAGGUGGACAACUCUUCUCUUACUGGCGAAUCUGAGCCCCAAACUCGCACCCCUCAGUUUUCCCAUGAAAAUCCUCUAGAGACAAAGAAUAUUGCUUUCCUAUCCACAAACUGCGUUGAAGGUUCUGCCACAGGUAUUGUCAUUAACACUGGUGAUCGCACUGUAAUGGGCCGCAUUGCUACCCUUGCCUCCAGCCUUGAAGUUGGACAGACCCCAAUUAACAUAGAGAUUGAGCACUUCAUCCACAUUAUCACUGGUGUGGCAUUUUUCCUGGGUGGAACCUUUUGCAUUCUUUCGCUCAUCCUUGGAUAUGGCUGGCUGGAAGCCGUAAUUUUCCUUAUUGGACUCAUUGUUGCCAAUGUGCCCGAAGGUUUACUUGCCACAGUCACUGUGUGUCUGACUCUGACUGCCAAGCGUAUGGCCAAGAAGAACUGCCUGGUGAAGAAUCUUGAAGCUGUAGAGACACUUGGUUCUACCACUACUAUUUGCUCUGACAAGACUGGAACCCUGACCCAGAACCGUAUGACUGUAGCUCACAUGUGGUUUGACAAUGAGAUCCAUGAAGCUGACACCACAGAGAACCAGAGUGGAACCUCUUUUGAUAGAAGCUCUCCUACAUGGUCAGCACUUGCUCGUGUGGCUGGCCUGUGCAACCGUGCUGUCUUCCUUGCUGACCAGGCCAAUGUUCCAGUUCUUAAGAGGGACACCACUGGUGAUGCCUCAGAAUCUGCACUACUGAAGUGUAUUGAGCUCUGCUGUGGUUCAGUGAAGGACAUGAGAGACAAACACACAAAGAUUGCUGAGAUCCCCUUCAACUCCACCAACAAAUACCAGCUUUCAAUCCACAAGAACCCCAACUCCUCAGAGACUAAGCACCUGCUGGUAAUGAAAGGAGCCCCUGAAAGAAUCCUGGACAGAUGCUCAACCAUUUUGAUUCAGGGAAAAGAGCAACCCCUGGAUGACGAAAUGAAGGAUGCUUUCCAGAACGUAUAUGUGAAACUGGGUGGCCUUGGAGAAAGAGUGCUAGGCUUCUGCCAUUUUAAUCUCCCUGAUGAUCAGUUUCCUGAGGGAUUUGGAUUUGACAGUGAAGAUGUAAACUUCCCCACUGAAAACCUGUGCUUUGUUGGCCUCAUGUCCAUGAUUGACCCUCCUCGUGCUGCAGUACCAGAUGCUGUCGCUAAAUGCAGGAGUGCUGGAAUCAAGGUUAUCAUGGUCACAGGUGACCACCCAAUCACAGCUAAAGCCAUUGCUAAGGGUGUGGGUAUCAUCUCUGAGGGCAGUGAGACUGUAGAAGAUAUUGCUGCUCGUCUGCACAUUCCUGUUGAGGAGGUUAACCCAAGGGAUGCAAAGGCCUGUGUGGUCCAUGGAGGAGAGCUUAAAAAUAUGACCCCACAGCAGCUGGAUGACAUUCUGAAGCACCACACUGAGAUAGUGUUUGCUAGAACGUCUCCUCAGCAAAAACUGAUCAUUGUGGAAGGCUGCCAGCGACUGGGUGCCAUUGUUGCUGUGACUGGUGAUGGUGUCAAUGAUUCUCCUGCUCUGAAGAAGGCUGACAUUGGUGUAGCUAUGGGUAUUGCUGGAUCUGAUGUCUCCAAACAGGCUGCUGACAUGAUUCUUCUGGAUGACAACUUUGCCUCCAUUGUGACUGGAGUAGAAGAAGGUCGUCUUAUAUUUGACAACUUGAAGAAAUCCAUCGCGUACACCCUGACCAGUAAAAUCCCUGAGAUGUCGCCCUUCCUCUUUUUCGUCAUUGCUGGCAUUCCUCUUGCUCUGGGAACUGUCACUAUUUUAUGCAUUGAUCUAGGAACUGACAUGGUGCCUGCUAUUUCUUUGGCCUAUGAAGGUCCUGAGAGUGAUAUCAUGAAGAGGCAGCCCAGAAAUGCGAAAACAGACAAAUUAGUGAAUGAAAGGCUCAUCAGUAUGGCUUAUGGUCAAAUUGGGAUGAUGCAGGCAGUAGGAGGAUUCUUCACCUACUUUGUGAUCCUUGCUGAGAAUGGAUUCCUGCCCUUGUUUUUGAUUGGACUGCGCGUAAAUUGGGAUGAUCAGUAUUGUAAUGAUUUGGAGGACAGCUAUGGCCAGCAGUGGACUUAUGAACGCAGAAAAAUUGUGGAGUACACAUGCCACACUGCAUUCUUUGUCAGUAUUGUGAUUGUGCAGUGGACUGACUUGAUCAUCUGUAAGACCAGGACGAACUCUCUCAUUCACCAGGGAAUGAAAAACAAAGUCCUCAACUUUGGCCUGCUGGAGGAGACAGCUCUGGCAGCCUUCCUGUCCUACUGCCCAGGCAUGGACGUUGCUGUUAGAAUGUACCCACUCAAACCCUGGUGGUGGUUAUGUCCUGUACCCUAUUCACUCCUCAUCUUCAUCUAUGAUGAGGUCAGAAAAUACAUCCUUCGGCGGAACCCAGGAGGUUGGAUAGAAAAAGAGACAUACUAUUAAACCACCCCUCUGUGAUCCCUCUGCUCCCCAUAAAUCCAUGGUCACAUCACAAUUUGUUCAGUGCUGAAGAUUAUACCAUAAUACAAAUGCUCAACCCAGAAAAAAUGUGUCUGAUGCAUUUAUUAUACUAUGUUCUUACACUGAAAAAAAAGCAUUUUUGUCAUAAGAGGCACAGUCAGGAUUUUAGGAUGAAUCUAAACAUCUAAACAAAAUUAGGCCACUAACCAGACGGGUAGCCUGACUGACUGUCUGUCAUGGGAAAGAUAACUUUUCCACAUAGAGUAAUGCAAAACAUCAACAGUGCCUGCAUUCAUGAAGCUUCUUAGAGUAGGAGUGCUGAUCUAUGAUCAGAUUCCUCUCUGAUUUACUAUGACUUUACUAAGGGGAACAGAUCCUAGAUCAGCGCUCCUAUUCUGAGAAGUUUUAUGAAUAAGGCCCAGACCUACAGCAUUGUGCAAAAGUUAAAGACCACCUUUUAUUUAUUAUUAGUUUUUUAAUUUCCAGUCAAAAUUGUUUUAAGUACAAGCUUGCACUAGAACAGCAAAACUGAAUAUCUGAGAUUUGGGGCUUUUAUGGACUGAUGAGUCAGAAUUUUGGAUUGUGAAUCUUGGAUUAUGAGAAACAGAAAAAGCAACCAACUUUUAUGACUGAACUUUGGAGGUGUGGAAAAAAAUCCUUUCUGAUAUCUUUGAAAAACUAAAAGCAAUUCUCCCAAAAAGAAUGAAAGCUGUAUUAAAGUCGAACCCACUAAAUGCUGGAAAAUGUGAUACUUUAUUUAGUUGUCGUGACUUCUGUGUAAUUGUCUGUUAAAUAUAUGUUUCCUGCUUUUUUUUCCUGAUGCUGAAAAGGUAUAACUUGUACUUAAUGGAAGUUCUGAGUGGA